AUGCUGGCCAUGAAGAGAAGGAGGGUCCAAAGCCUCAACACGCCGGAAAAGCUGGCCCAGAAGUUCCACAGCAGAGCUGAUAAGAGUGGCGUGUUGCAGAGGUUUGCUAGGAAAGCCCGCAUCUGCGACAAGAGGCAAGCGCGAAGAUAUGCAUUCCACGUGGCUUCGUGGUUUGCAUGUGCCCCGCCAUAUUACAUUCCCGGAACGAUGGAAAUGGGCCUGUUGCAAAAGUUUUUGUCCAAGCUGGGGAGCGGGCAGUUGCCAUGUCGGCUCCUAAAAGUUUUGCCCAGAGCACAAGCUGCACUUGAACGCAUGAAUCUUCGUGGCCGAGCACUGGAGCAGCAGCGGCAAGGCCUGACGCGGAGGCUCCGGCGGUUUCACUGCUGUCGAACAACUGUGCCCAGUGCUGCUGAAGCUCAGGAGGAAUGCGCGGAGGAGUGGAUGGAGGAGGAGGAGGAGGAAGACGAAGAAGAAGAGGAAAAGGAAGGCGAGGAAGAAGAGGGGCAGCGCCAGCACGAGGAAGACCACGGAAGCAAUAACCAGCCGGCAUGUGACACUGAGGCUGGUUGCACCGAUACUGGCAUAGUUGAAGUGGAGUCUUCCGAAGCCGACGGAGAGGCAAGAGAUUUUGACGACCACAAGAGGUUGUGCCUUGAGAGGUCUUCCGAUGGAGAGACUGAAAAAGCCUCCGUUGCCGUCCACCAAGCAGAGCUUGCUGCACCAAUGGAGAGGGCCAAACGAUGCAGCAGAGAAGCAUCACGGCAUCUCUUCAGGAAGAUAAACGAGUGGACCAACAUGCUGAACCGGGAGAAGCUGGUCUGUCUCGAAAAGCUCCGACUUGCAAGUAAAGCAGGAGGCAGCCAAGCAAAACUCGCAGAGGUCGUGUGCGCGGUGGCUGCUGCCCUGUCUCCUCCUCGAACACUGGGACAAACAAGGUAUGGAGAUUACGUGUGA